AGGACUAAGAAUAUAUGUGUACCUUGGAUACUUCUGUUGAUCGUGGUGCUUGGUAUACUUCAAUUAUAUUUCUCUAUCAGACUUGAAGAUAUAAUGUUGAAACGUGUUGAUGAUAAUGUGGAUGAUGGACACUGUGUUCAUAUUACUUCACUGUUUAAAUCCGUGAAAUUUGCCCAUAAAAGCAAGAUGGGAUUGAUACGUGAAAGAAACGAACUGAAAACAUCUCUUUCUAAUAUUGACGGAAACAGGCCAUCUAAGGAACAGUUCAUUACGAGAACAGUUGUGAAGUACUUUGACAGUCAUUCAGAGAAAAUAGACAAAGUCCUUUCUGGUAUGUUUGAAAUCCAGCCCGAGUAUCUUUCAGUUCCCGAAGUGGUGGCCCAGCCCUUUACAACAUCACUGACGGCCUAUCUGGGGAAGGUGCAGGAGGCCGGACAGGUGCCCGUGGAGGAAGAGAUGUGCUUACGAGGUACGGAGACUGCAGUCUUUUUCUAGGAUCCCCGUCCAAGCCUCACCCAUGAGGCUUGCCCAGUCAGGAUUCUAUGCUACAGGUCGCGAGGACGAGGCUCGUUGCUACAGCUGUAGGAAGUCACACACAGGCUGGCAAAUAAUGGACAGACCGGAUGUUCUACACAGAGUUAUUUCCCCAGACUGCCCACAUCUGAACAGAGGCGACCCGCGAAAUAUACCGCUGACUUCAAAUUCGAAUGCAACAACGGUGUACGGUAUCCUUGGGGAGUACUCUGGAAGCAGCAAUGUAACAACAACAGAUACAUUACCACCUACAGCUACAGAGACACCAACUCUAGGAGCAGCAGCAGCAGCAGCAGCAGAAGUAGCAACUGUCGUGUCUGAACCAUCCCUUGACAUGAACAGUGCUGUGCAUCCUCAUUACAGAGACAUGCAGACCAGGUUAGACAGCUUCAGAGGCUGGGACACGUCACACGUGCAGGACCCGCGGGUACUGGCGACAGCAGGUUUCUUCUAUGCAGGUUACUCCGACUGUGUCCGGUGUUUCUACUGUGGUGUUGGUCUGAAGACGUGGGAAGAGAGAGAUGACCCUUUUGUGGAGCACGUGCGCUGGAGGUCGUCCUGCAGCUACAUCCGUAGAUUGAAAGGAGAGAACUUUGUCAUACAGGCGUUGGCACACAAGACUUCUCCAAGCUCCACUGUAACCAACAACAUGGCUGUCGUGGCGAGGGCGGUGGAGAUGGGGUUCUCCCGGCAGAUGGUGGAGAAGGCGGUGAUGGAGAUGUCCCGGUCGUACAACAACUCCCGUGCUGCAGGGCAGACAGUUCCUCCUUCAGGUACUGAGACCUCCCGCUCCCUGCCCCGCUCCCUGCAGCGUCAACUCGAGGAGGAGAACCGCGCGUUACGAGAUGAGAACACCUGCAAGGUCUGCCUGGACAGAACCAGUUGUGUUGUCUUCCUGCCGUGCGGCCAUCUUGUGUCGUGUGCUGAGUGCGCACCUGCACUGAGCAAGUGUCCUAUAUGUAGAGCACAUAUACGUGGAACUGUGAGAACAUAUAACGCGUAAUAUGACUGUUAGUGAGAUAAACUUUAACCAAACAAAUGUAGUGAUGUUUUGUCGUUACAUUUUGUUAAUUAUUUUGAAGGAAUAACAUCAUACAACUCAACAUAUUGUUGGUUAAUAUAUAAAUAUAUGUUUAACCGAAAGAUGUCAUGAUCGAACACACGAUAAUUCUUCUUGGAGAGGCAUUUAGAAGUGGGAGUAAGAAGGGUGGGUAACAAUAUACGGAUGAACAACUUCUUUAUUACUGUAAGAGCGACGUUCCGGUGUAGGUUCCAACACCGAUAUCAAGUAUUUGGAUAUCAUCAUUUGCAUGAUAACGGUGUUAGAACCUACACCGAAACGUCUCUCUUACAGUAAUAAAGAAUUUAUUUGUCCGUAUAUUGUUAUCCACCCUCACGAUGAUUUUAUCGUUAAAAUUUAGAAUCUCCGUCCUACCAUUAUUUGGCUGAUGGCAGCACUGCAAAUUGAAAUCGUUACUUGAAAAUGAAUUUCUAGAGCGAUUUCUGAGUAAAUUUCCUGAAACCUGUUAUGUGAAAUAUCGGGUGGGCGCCGUGUGUUUGAUUAUUCAAAAAGUAUAUUUUCCACAGGAAGUCCGUCGAACAACGACUGAAAGAGUGUGUUGUGGAAUUCAUUUUUAAAAACACAGCUCCACGUUUGGAGCCAUUCUGUCGCAUGUCGAAAAAGAAGGAUCUAAUUUGAAUAAAAUGUUAAAUAAACAAGUAAAAAGUCUGCAUUGUCGUAUAUAUAUAUACUACCCAUCAAAGGUUUAGCCUCGCUUAGAUCAAUCAUUAUAUGUUAUGUAUG